AUGGCCAACCCGGACUCGACUCCCAUUCCAGAACGUUCUCUCAACCGCCAAGUCGUACUCGAAGAAGACGAAUAUACAGCAGCCCUCGACAAGAUCAUUGCCCGAGACUUCUUCCCUUCACUGGUCCACCUUGACGCCACCAACGAAUACCUGGAUGCCAUCUCCUCUAAAGACCCCAACCUAAUCCAACGCACAGUCCAACGCUUGCAACAGCUCAGCGACACACCUCUCGUCUCGUCCAGCCAACGAGGUCGAUAUGAAACACCCCUUCGUACACCAUGGUCAGCUUACGGCGGUACGAGCGAAGCUUCGGGGUCAAGACCAAACAAGCGUCCAAAAUACGAUAUCAACAUGAGUCUCGAUGCGUUCCAAGCCAAGUAUACGUCGGAAGACAACUCGAGCUUUACGCAGAUUCUGGAUGAAGAGAAUAGACAGAGGAAGGAGAAGUAUGGGUGGGCGUGGGAGGCGCAGCGGAGGGUGGAGAAGCAGAAUGAGAGGAUGCUGGAGGCGAGGGAGAGGAUGUUGAUUGAGCCUGCGCCUGCCGCUGGCGUUAGGCAAAAGUUGAAGAUUGAGGCACCUACUGUGGCCGGACUAUUGACUGAUGGGAAGGACGAGGAGGGCGAGAGCGAGAAAGUCAAGGGAAAGAAACGGAGCUUGGAUACUGCGGAAGAGGAGGAGGGGGACAAGGCUUUGGUUAAAUCUGACCAAGAUACGGUUGUGGAUGUCAUGAAGCCAAAGAAGGACACUCGUUCUGCCGGCGUAGAUAGCUGGAAGUUCAAGGCCAGGAAUUCGCUCAUGUUUGCACCGGAUGCAGACGUAUCACCGUACCAUACUGUACCGACCCCCAAGGAUCCAGAGAAGAAUCCUAAAACCAUCAAAUACAAUAAUACGAGGCUGCCCGACCAGGAUGACAGUGGGGCAGUCUCGAGGUCAGCAUCUGCUCCACCCAGUCCUACUCGCAGUCGGAUAGACGCUGCCAUCGCAGGGACUCCAUAUCGACCCAAGUCUCCCAAGGAGAAUGGCUUUUCACUGGUACCUAAUCUCCCUUCACCAACGCCGGCAGAGCUCGGACCUACUGCUGUGAAGCAACUCAUGACAUGGGGGACCCUGAACGCUACUCCUAGGAUUAUAUCCCAAUCCGAGGACGAAGCUGAAGCCAUCGCUCCCGCAACUCCAUUCCAUAUCCCAAAGGUCUCUCGAAGGGAAGCCCUUGCCCAACAGCUGUCCACCAAAGCAUCCAGAAGCCUUCGCGAAAAGGCAGAGAAACUCGGCCUUCGUACACCGGGACUGGCUCUGAACAGGACACCGGCGACUGGAUUUUCAGGGAAGCGCGACAUGGCCCCUCCAACCUGGACUCCAAAGAAAGCGGACGCGGCUGGCAAUCUGACACCGGCGGCAAAGAGGCUCUUGCAGCGGACAGCCAUGAGUACGGCCGGAUUGAGGAGAGCGGACGCCAUGGAGAGGAGUGCUGGAUGGGAAGGCUCGAAGGAGAGAGACCUCAACCGGGUCCGAUGGACGCCAACGCCGUCUGGUGCGAGGGGAUAA